AUGAACGCUACCCAAAGUAAUGACAUUGCCGUAGAUAACCUCAUCAGAACACUAAGAACAAACCCUACCACUUUGACGAAGGAAGCCAUCUCGGUAACUAUCCACAAUUCAGUUUACUACAUACCAAGAAUAAGGCAAAUACGACAACUGCGACUUCUCGUUCAUUCUUUCUUCGAAACGGAAUUAUGGAACCGUGACAUUGAUAUCUUAGAGCUACAGACAGCUGCCCAAUCUAUUUUCCAAUGGAAAUUGGAAAUCUCAGAACCAGUGAUACCUCUCUAUGACUUCUAUAAUGUUUGGGAAGAAUGUAUUGCUAACGUUAAAAAAUGGACCCUUGUAAAAUUAUCAAUCUUAAGUGGGAUCCUUGUCACAAGAGACCUCUUUUCUACUUUACAAAGAUCAAUCUUCAUUGAUGGAACGGGAAAUGUCAUAAAAUUAUACAUCAAAUGGAGACAAAUAUUCUUUAUACCCAUCUUCACUCAAUUCAUAAACAAUAUAGAGAAUAAACCAAUGGCUUACGUGGAUUUAUUGGUGAUGCUGUAUUCUCCUCUAAGUGUCUUCUCUGAUAAUAAACUUCACAAUAUACCUUGGAAUUUAAUCUCAGAAGCAUCUGUUAGGUUGAUAAUUGAAUAUACCAUUAAUCAUAAAGAGAAUGAUGCUACGUUCCUGGCAAGGAAUUUAAAUCAAGUGGCAAGGACGUUCUCAAUUUCGGUAGAACAAAACGAUAUCUCAGCCAUAGCUCAAACAGUAAACCAGUUAAGUAAGACGUGCUAUGAUCUCUCUUCAAGAGAGUCAAAUGCACACGAAGGUAAGAUUCAGAAGGAUUACGCCGGGAAGUAUUACUUUAAUGUAUUUGUUUCUGUUGUAAUGGUUCUCAAAGGAUGUUUAGAAAGAUCACGCCAAAUUUCAAACAAAGUAAACAACCCAUUGAAUACACGAUUGUAUCAUCAGAAUCUUAUGUGCCUAUUUUAUUUAAAUUUUAUUGCGCUUGAUGUGGGAACUAUUGAUUUUGAAAUGUAUGAAUACGUUUAUGAAGUCUCAUGCAGUGGAAUCGAGCUUUUUGUAAAUCAGAGUCGUGAUUCACAGUCAUUAGCAUAUUAUACACAUAUUUUAAACACCAUGAAAGGGAAUAUUUGGUUUCAAGGCCCUCAAACAAAAGUGGAUACUUCGAAAUUAUUAUUCUUAUUAGGUUUUAUUGAACGUACCAUUGGGAAGAUGAACAAAAUUACACCUACUUUUUUCACUGAGAUAAUUGAGCCGCUACAAUUGCAGUGUAUGAAGUCAUCUAGUCCUGCUAUAACAGAAUCCAUCCAUAGUAUGAAUCUGGCGUUAUUUGAUAAUGUUGUAUCAGGGAAGUCGCUACUGGUUUGGUUGACAGAAUACUAUAUGAAAUAUAUCAAUUUAAGUAUUACUCAAUAUCUUGAUGGAAAAAUUACUGACCUCCAAUUAAUACUGAUUUAUCAAAGACUAGGUUCCAAAUUACCAACCUUACAAACAUUUGACAAGGAUCUCUCCCGAAAAGUUUUGCAUUUUACAUACUUUAAAAUUGUGAAUUGUUCACCAAAUGAACUAGAAGAACAGGCGAAUCUAACUAAAUGCAUGAUGUUUCUUUUACCAUUUAUUACUGAGAAAUACAAAGUGGACUGGUUAAAUAACAUUAAAGAACUGAUAACUACACUAAAGUUCAAUAAAAACCAAUAUAAUGAAUUGGUUUUUACCCUCUGGGACGUUAUAUCCUCUAUUAAAUCAGACACAUGUCUGAGAUGGUGGUAUAUUCAUAGAGUUCAUAUCCAGGGUUCGCUUUAA